AUGUCUUCGAACCCAGCGAGGUAUUCGCAGCUCCGUCGCGAUGCUGAGCAUGGGGCCCGCGAGGAAUUGCAACAGCUCAUCCCCCAGCGAUACAUCGACGAUGUACCCGAGUGCGAGCCGAAGGACAACCCCAUGACCAAGAUGGUGAAGGCGGGCGUUGCAUAUAUCAAAGACAUUGUAUGCGUCAGUAACGCCAAUACCAAUGCCACCAACCAGGCAUCGAGCGUCUUCACUCCAAGCAGAACUGAGGCGUAUACACAGGCAUCCCCGUUCGCGCCCAUUGUGCCCACAACACCGCCAAGGCUCAAGAAUAACGAGGAGUAUCAGCGUCUGAAGCAGGCGAUGGAGAGGGUCAAGCAACAUAUCCAGGGGCAGGGACAUGAUGGCGAAGAGCUGUCAGACGAAGUGAAGCAGAUGAUGGAUAAGGCGACGGACACCCUAGUCGACAUCAUCGAUAACUGGGAAGGUAGGGGGAAACAGCCGUAG